AUGAAGCCAAUGCAUAUCGACACAGAAGACUGCGAAGCAGCUGUACCAUUUCUCGACGAGCAACCGUCUGUUACCGGCCAUGUCGAAGGCCACGCCCGUCGUCGAUCAGAAUUGAAGUUUUCCCAAAUUCCCGACAAAGGACACAAGACCAAGAGGCUGUUCUGGCCUACGUAUCUCAAUGUUCUCCUCUUUGUUGUGUCUGUUCUCAUACUCCUCAAAGCCGGCGCCAAAACAGACUGCGCAUGCUCAUCUACAUCUUCGUCAGCAGACGAAGCGAUGAGAUACACAUCCAGUUGGUCUCCUAUGUUUGACCAUGUGGAUCUCUCUCCUCAUCUGACUACGGUUGACGGCACCUUGUACACUCACGACAACGCGUCUGUCUAUCGCGGCGACCCAUCGCCAGACACAGACGCUGCGUGGGAUGAUCUUGCGGCCGAGGCCUUCGAGGUCAUCUUAGUCAACUCCAGCACAAUGAGGCGAGCAGGAUACAAUCCUGAUCACUAUUUCAAGGCGCCUUCGUCCUGGAAGUCGCUGACCAAGGCUACAACAAAUACGGCAACAGGGCAGCAGGACGCAGCAACGCAGGAAGAUCUCUUCCCGGUGCAAAUCGAUAUAUUCCACCAGAUUCACUGUCUCAAUGCCGUCCGCAAGCAAAUGCACUUUCAGCAUUACUAUGCAGACAAGUUCCCGGACGGUCACCCGGAUGAGAUGCAUUGGAUGCACCUAAAGCACUGCCUUCACAUGGUUCUUCAAAGCCUGACAUGCAGCGCCGAUGUAGAUAUUGUCCCACAUAGAUGGGUUGAAAAGGACGAGGUUCCUUUUGCUCAGUUCGGGAUUACGAAGAAAUGCCGGAACUUUGACGGACUGCGGGAGUGGAAUCGUCAAAAUGCUAUUGAGAAUGUGCGUGCCGUGUGGCCCCGGACUAAAGAGUCGAUGCCAGACGAUGCCUUCGUCUGGCCUGGACAUGGAGAGUAUGGUGUAGGGAAUUGA